CCAAAUCAUACGGAGAACUCACGUAGCUAACGAGGAAUGAAAGAGCAAUAAUCCACGGAUGGAACAUUUUGGCUUUGGCUCGGAUUUGAUUCUCACUAGAAACUGUUCCUCGAUUGAAAAAUAUUUGGACUUUUAUAGUAAGAUAUGUUAUUGAAUCAACAGCUAUAAAUAAACAACGGAGUCAAAGUUGUAACUCAGAUACCAAAGGUGUUGCAACGAAAUAUCAUCAAAAUGGCAAAAUUCAUCACCGCGCUGUUAACAACUGUGACCAUGUUUAUGGUGGUGCUAGCUCAACCCGAACCAGAUAAUCCCACGUGCUCUCAGGGAAACAAAAAAACUGUGAACGAUUGUUGUAAAAUGCCAUCCAUUGGAGAACAGGCUGUACUUAAUCGAUGCAUGGCCGAAAAUCCAAAACCAAAAACUCCUCCAACUCCUGGAACCAAGAAAACUGAGGGAUGUUGUGUUGCCCAAUGUUUGCUGACUUCUGUGAAUGCUUUCACAAACAAUGCAAUUGACAAGAAUGCAGUUAAGCAAGCCCUCAAAACCACGAUUGGCGCCGAUCCCAACUUUGCCCCGUUGGUGGACGGAAUCGUCGAACAGUGCCACAGUUCAGUAUCGUCAAAUGCCGCACUUAAAGCCACUCCCGUCCCGGCUACCCCCGGUCGAGCCGGUUGCAGUUUCUUGCCAGAAGCGUUUGUCAACUGCGUUGGCUCAACAUUUGUCCAGAAAUGCCCUACCGCAGCUUGGACGAAUAAUAAUGACUGCAAUCAAUUGAAGCAAAAGCUAGCCUCAGGCUGCUCACUUGCUUCAUUGUAACAGAUUGUAAUAUAACAAACGUUUGUAAUAAUAAACGCAAUAUAUCAACAGCAA